GGGUUAACUCACCCCCUCAGCAACCCCACCCUUAGCUCCACAUUUACUUACAAAUAUAUGUGAACCCCGAUCCUUGCAAGCUAGACAGCUAGUUGACAUAGAGGUAAGAUGGUGCUAUCAGAGGUGAAGGGGGAAGAAGAAAUAUCAACCCAUUUGGUUAGCUCCGUCUUUGCUUCCAGAUACGUCCAGGAUGCUCUUCCCAGGUACAGGAUGGGGGAGAAAUCAAUCCCGAAGGAAGUCGCUUACCAGAUAGUCCACGACGAGCUGCUGCUGGAUGGGAACCCCAGGCUGAACUUGGCUUCCUUUGUCACCACCUGGAUGGAGCCCGAGUGCGACCACCUCAUCCUCCAAUCCCUCAACAAAAAUUAUGUCGACAUGGAUGAGUAUCCCCUCACCACCGAGCUUCAGAAUCGGUGCGUGAAUAUAAUUGCAAAUCUAUUUAACGCCCCAUUGAGCACGAGCGAGACGAAGCAAUCAGCCGUGGGGGUGGGAACAGUGGGAUCAUCGGAAGCCAUAAUGUUGGCAGGAUUGGCGUUCAAGAAAAAAUGGCAAAACAAAAGAAAGGCACAGGGCAAACCCUUUGACAAUCCCAACAUUGUUACUGGCGCCAAUGUUCAGGUUUGCUGGGAGAAAUUUGCAAGGUACUUUGAUGUAGAGUUGAAAGAGGUGAAGCUGAGGGAAGGGUACUAUGUGAUGGACCCUGUGAAAGCAGUGGAGAUGGUGGAUGAGAACACAAUUUGUGUUGCUGCUAUCUUGGGUUCCACCUUCACGGGAGAAUUUGAAGAUGUCAAGUUGUUGAAUGAUCUCCUCCUCGAAAAGAACAAAAGAACCGGGUGGGAGACUCCAAUCCAUGUAGACGCGGCGAGCGGGGGGUUCGUGGCGCCAUUCGUACACCCAGAGCUGGAGUGGGAUUUCCGGCUGCCGUUGGUGAAGAGCAUAAACGUGAGUGGGCACAAGUAUGGGCUGGUUUACGCCGGAGUAGGGUGGAACAUCUGGCGGAGCAAGGAUGACUUGCCGGAGGAACUCAUCUUCCAUAUCAAUUACCUUGGAGCUGAUCAACCCACCUUCACCCUCAACUUCUCCAAAGGGUCAAGCCAAAUUAUUGCACAGUAUUAUCAAUUCCUGCGCAUGGGCUUUGAGGGAUACAAGAGGGUGAUCAGCAACUGCAUGGGAAGUGUAAGAAUACUUCGAGAAGGAUUAGAGAGAACGGGCCGAUUCGACAUAAUAUCAAAGGAGAAUUAUGGGAUACCCCUUGUGGCCUUCGCCUUCAAGGACAGGAGCAACAGAAACCUCCCCUUUGCUCUCUCCAAAGCUUUGAGGCACUACGGCUGGGUCGUCCCCGCCUACACCAUGCCCCCCCAUGCCGACCACCUCACCGUCCUCCGCGUCGUGGUGCGCGAGGACUUUGGCCGCCAGCUCGUCGACAACUUGCUUUCUCACGUCGAAAUUUCUCUGCGUGAGCUCACCUCCGCCCCGGCUGUUCCGCCGCGGAUAACGCUUACCAUGGAGGUUCAGUCCAGCGCCGGAGAGGGAGACGCUCGCGGCGGAUCCCUGCACAUUCCGGCCACCUCGGUGCGUUGGAAGCAAGACAAUGGACCUGAAACUGUUGUUUCUCGGGAGUUGCCGGUUGGGGGUGGUAAAACCAAAGGUGUUUGUUAAAAUUAAUUGUUUCCAUAACAUAUAUGGUAUUGAUGAUUUCUAUAUAUACAUUUUUCAACUUUAAUUAAUUAACUAUUGUGAAUUUAUUUAUAAA